AUGUCAGCGCGCCCCAUGAUUGUUGUUGCGGGUGUCGGCGGCGGUCGCGGUUCUUGCGUGCGCAGCCGUCUCUUUGCCAAGUCGGGCUACCGCGUCGCGCUCGUUGCGCGCACCGCAGACUCGCUCAAGAAGGUCGCCGACGAGAUCAACGCGUCUGGCGGUGAGGCCGCGCCCUUCCCGGUCCCCGACUACUCGUACAAGGCCGUCACCGGCGUGUUCGACAGCAUCCUCUCCCACAAGUGGCCCUCCCCGGGCGCGUCCGAGCUCCGCGUCGCCCUCUGGAACGCGAGCGCGGGCACGUUCAAGAACUUCCUCGACGUCACGGAGGAGGACAUCCAGAACUCGGUGAACCUGAACGUCGUCGCGUCCUUCGCGUUCUCGCGCCGCGCCAUCCUGGCGUUCAAGGAGAACGCAGUUAACGCCAACGGCGCGCGGGGGACGCUGCUGUUCACAGGCGCGACGGCGGGGAUCCGCGGGAACACGUGGACGAGCGCGUUCGCGGCGGGCAAGUUCGGGCUGCGGGCGUUGAGCCACAGCCUGGCGAAGGAGUUCGGGAAGGAGAACAUCCACGUCGCGCACGCCAUCAUUGAUGGCGCGAUCCAGACCGACCGCGCAGCGCCAGUUGAGGACGGCAAGGUCGAGGGGGACGUGCGGCUGAACCCGGACUCGAUCGCGCAUACGUACAAGUACCUCGCCGAGCAGGACCGCUCCGUGUGGACUUGGGAGCUUGACUUGCGCCCUGCCCAUGAAAAGUGGUGA